UACUUUCAGUGAUAUACAGUAGGUGUCUGAUUGUAAUUCAAUAUUCAUCUGUCGCUGACGCGCACCAACAGUCAAGGAUAAAUAUCAAUGUGUCAUGUUGACCACAUGGGGGUGCAAUACCAGCAGCAGAAAGAAGACAACAAAACGACGAGAGAAUACACAAGAUGGAAAUUGAUAUUUUAAGAUAUUGUGGCCACAACCCCGGAGAUUUUGUACGGAUCCUCUCCUAACCAUUAGUCUAAACGUGCGGUUAUCAUGCCUUUAUUUCCUCUGAAUCGGCUCUAGGAAUUAAUGCAUCGAUUAAUGUAAUUUAGGAAUGGUGAUGAGGGCGAUGCUCCGAAGAACUGCAAGGGCUAUGGGUCUUCUUUUUCAUAGGAUGAAAAUAAGGACGCAUGCUUACAGACACACUUUGUCAAGACCAUAACACUAUCGUUUGAUUAUUAGCAUUAAGUAGGUUUGUGCACACGUCAGCAGAAGGGACGGCCUCCUCACCCCACCAGCUCCUCAGCCGGCCAACUGUAGGACUAAUUGUUCUCCUACAAAGGACUGUACAGUCCAUGUCUUUGGACCUCAUUUCAAUCAUUUGUACUUAUAAAAGACAAUGGAAGUUAUUGUGACCUCUGCAUUUCUCUGCCUUUGUGGUUGGACUGCUCUCUACUUUACCCUAUGUAGGGUUAAUAGGCUGCGAAGCUAUGAAUGGAAUUGUCGUCUUGUGACACUGUUGCAUGGCAUCUCAGCAAUAUGCAUCACCACUUUCAUUGGCUAUGUGGAUGGACCGUGGCCGUUUGAUAAUCCAGGCAGCCUGAAUACACCUCUACAGAUAAGUGCCUUGGUGUUUAGCCUGGGUUAUUUUAUCUUCGAUAUGGCCUGGUGUGUCUACUUCCGCACAGAAGGUCCUGUUAUGCUCGCCCAUCACACUAUGAGCAUCCUGGGAAUCCUAUUGACACUGUGGUUGGGGGAGUCUGGCAUUGAGGGCUGUGCAGUUCUCUUUGGUAGUGAAAUCACAAACCCUCUUUUGCAGACACGCUGGUUUCUGAAACAAACUGGACACUACGAUACCACACUUGGACACAUUGUUGACAUACUGUUUGUGCUCCUAUUUGUUGUAAUGCGUGUCUUUGUGGGGGGCACAAUGCUGUAUUGUGAACUGAUCUCUCCAAGACCAAGAUUCUUUAUUAAGUGUGGGGGUGUGGCUAUGUACGCUCUGUCUUGGAUAUUCGUGGUGGACAUUGUUCGAUUUGCCAUAAGGAAGAGCAGCAAGUGGCACAGACAACAAAAAGAUCAUAAAACUCCAGCAGUAAAUGGUAUGAAUGACAAAAAAGAGUAGGUCUAAUAGAAAGUAUAAGGAUGUUGUUGUUUUUUUUUUGUUUUGGGUUUUUUUGUUUUUACAGGCUUUUAAAAUAGUCUGCAUGUCAAAGUUGAGCAGUUAACAAAAAAUAAAUAUUGACAGUAAACAAAAUAUAUAAAUAACAGUGAAAGCCAUAUAAAUACUGUUCAAAAUAACAUUUGUAUUUGCACCAGUUUCCAGCUUUUUCAACAUUUUAAUAAAACUAAUAUAUUAUAGUUUAGAUAAUGGGCACAUAUCACUUUCUAAUAAUUGAGGUAGAUAUUGACUGGAAACUAAAGGUCAGUGCUCUCAGGUCUUGGCACAUGGCACAGUGCCAAAUGUAUGUUUUUUGUUUGUUUAGUUUGUUUUUUGUUGUGUUUUUUUAAAAUUAUGAUUAUUAUGUAGGGUUGUGUAAAACUACUCAUGUUUGAUAAUGGUCUCAAUGUGAAGCUAUUUAAAAAACAAUAAUGCCUGGUCAGUUAUAAUAUUUUAUAAAAUAUUUUGUGGGUAUAUUUAAUGUCUAGUUUUCGUUUGCUAAUAGACUUUAUCAUAAAAACUGAAACGUGUUUACAAUGUAUUACUUAACACAAUACUAUGUUUUUCUAUACGUGGUUGUGCCUUAAACAAUGACUUAAACUGAGUCUUAUCCUUGACUGACAACAAAGUUGCAAUUACCAUAAUUGUCCACUUGGUGGUAUCAUCGUAACUCUUUGGUUAAACAUCAAACGGCAAGUAUCAUAUUUUACUGAGUUAUGUUCAGAUAGAGGCUAGCACCCCAUGUUUUUCUAGAUUUCACCAUCAGGCAGGUAUUUUAUUGCUUAUAAGUUUUGGUUUUAAUGUGGUGUUGUGUUUCUCUUAUGGAUAAAGUGGCCAGUCUGCAUCCUCUGGCACUGCGCAUCUUUGUGUCUUACUGACGUCUAGUACUGAUAGGGAUUAUAUGGACUUGCUACUAAAUUACAGAUCUACUUUAACACAAAAGGUUUAAACAGACAUCCUAAAAAGCUGAGUGAAUGUAUAAAGUUUAUAACGGGACCCUGUAAGUCUGUUUC